AUUAUUUUUAAAAUGGCAAUCUCAUUACAAGUUUUUGAUUGUAUUUUAUGUCAUGUUUACGUUCUAUUUGGUUUGAUGUUUUUUUGUCCUUUUCUCCUAAAACUUCAAAUGAAAAACUUGCACGUGCACGUUUAGUUGUGCCUGUAGUUUAGUGUGUGACCGCUAGGUGGCGGUGUAGCUGCUGAAGAACAAGCAGUCGUUUCGAGUGUUGCAUGUGCCCUGGAUAAAAAGCCUCAAAUACUUUUCAUAUAUUUGUCUCUCAAUUUAUAUAUCACUAUGUGAGUGAUGUCUCUUUUUUUCUAAAAUCAUUAAUUCAGCUUGAAAACAGGUUUAUUUGAACCUAUAGUUAAGUCUGUGACCGCUAGGUGACGGUGCAGCUGCUGAAUGAGAAAUAAACAGGCGAAGAAGAAUAGUACCUCUUGAACACAAACUGAAAAGUGUACUAACAAUUUUUUAAUAAUUAUUUUUGCUCCGUUUUACUGUAAAAUAAUGUGGAAAUUAAGGAAACUUAAUCGUAAAGCUGCUCAGCAGAUUGGCAGCAUGGAGGAGUUCCGGCUGAAGAGGCGAGAGAAGGAGAAAGCUCUGAGACAAGCCCGCAGAGACAAACAGCUGGUGAGCAAAAGACUUCUUCUAAAUGAGGACGAGGAGCAGCUGGAGGUCAGCAUGGAAACAACCUCAGGAGAACAGGACGUGGUUGGUUUGUUCCACAAACUCCGGCACACCAACCCAGAGAAGAAGGAGGUCCACCUAAGAGCUCUGAGUAAUGUCCUGCGUGACCCAUCAGCCCAACUCACCUUCAUCAAGCUGGAGAACAGUGUUCAUCUACUUGUUGGUCUUUUCACCGGGUCUGAUGCUCAGUGUCGGCUGCAGGCUGCCCGAUGUCUUCAUGAGCUGUCUCACUCUCCCCACACUAAUGUGGCAGCAGCCUGUCUGCCUGCCACUCCCUACCUGCUCACAUACCUAUCCGGCCAGAGCACCAAGUUUACAGAGCUGUGUCUCUACACUCUAGGUAACCUAUGUCCAGACAGUGAGGGUGUAAAAGAGAAGCUCCUGGCUCAGGGAAUCAUACCAGCUUUGGCCAGCUGCUUUGAGAACCAGAAGCAUAACCUUGCAGUGGUGGAAGCUGUGGGCUUCACACUCUCUCAGCUUCUCCAGACCAGCACUGCAGCAGAGAAAGCCAUCCCGAUGGUCCUGGCUUCCAGCUUACCUUCACAGUUGUUAUCAGUUCUGACCCCAGACCCAGAGUUCGGCCUGGGUGCUGUCAUCGAGUGUGCGUGGUGUCUUCACUACCUCAUAUGCAGCUCUGAGGAUCACAGAGUCCUGCUGGCUCAUGGGGCCUUGAGACACUGCAGUUCCCUACUGGUGACACUAGGUGGUGCUGUGGCUUGUGGCAACAAAGAAGAAGGAAUGGAGCUGCUCAUCUGGCCUCUGUUGAGGUGUGUUGGAAAUCUCCUGCCUUCCUGCCCGGUGGAAGACCUGAGAUCUCAAGUCAGAGAUUUUGAUCUUCUGGUCGCUCUGUGUGAACUUGUUCAUGCCUACCUGCACAUCCAGCCGGCCUUGGCCAGAGAGACAGCCUGGGUCCUCAACAACCUCACAGCCCACUCCUCUGAAUUCUGCUCAGCUGUUCUCACCUUCAACCUGGUUCAGAGACUGGUCCCACUUCUGCAUUUCUCUCAAGGCAUUAAUACAAUGGUUUUAAGGAUUUUAGCAAAUAUCGCUCACAAGAAGAAAGAGUUCUGCGUCCAGCUGUUGGAGCUCGGCUUGCUGUCGGCUCUCUGUGCCACGCUUAAAAUGACGGAGCCAGAGAUGGUGACUCUGAGUCUGGAUGUCCUGUUCAUGAUGAUAGUCAGCAGUCCGCAGGCAGCAGAGCAGUUUGUGAGACUAGGAGGUCUCUCUCUUUUAGAGGCCAUUCAGUACAACAGUGAAGGACAGAUGAGAAGAAGAGCCACGUACCUCCUAGAGCAGCACCUUCUCACCUACCAAUGACAUAUGGAAAACAUGGCUGACUCAUGACCGCACAAGAAGACAAAAGACGUGGAACCAAUAGUUUCCAUUUUAGAAUAAAUAUGAUGUCAAGAGUUUUUGUAUGUAAAAGUGGAUUUCUGAGAACUUUAGAUGUGAUGAAGUGAUGGAUGAUUGUGCUUUACAGUGUGGCAUAAAUAUAUUUUUGAUAUUUGUAAACAUGGAAACAUAUUUAAAUGUCUCAGUAAUAUGUUUGUACACAAGAUUAUGUAUCUAUUGAGGCAGCGUAAGCUGGAACUCCUUCCUACAUUACGCACAUGACUAUAUUGAGUAUUUAUAACCACCUAAUGCAAUUACAGUUAUUUAGUGUAACAUAUUUUAGAUAAUUAUGUUAUUUGUCUCAGCAACCAUCAUGAUUGUUAAACAACUUAAUAAAAUAUUUUAAAAGUC